AUGAUCGACCAGGCCCUCAAGGUCGUCGGCCUCGUCUCGGUCCUGUACUCCGCCUACCGCCUUUACGACGCCCUCGCCGUCUGGAUCCUCCCCUCGGUGCCGCUGACCCGCUACCAGAAAAAGGGCCGCCCCUACGAGUCCUGGGCCCUCGUCACCGGCGCUACCGGCGGCAUCGGCCUGGCCUGCGCGCAGGAGCUCGCCUUGCGCGGCUUCAACAUCGUCCUUGUCGGCCGCAACGUGGACAGGCUCGAGGACGCCCGCGCCCUCAUCGAGUCCGAGUGUAUGCGCCGCCACAAGAGCGACGUCGCCGUGCGCUUCGUCGUGCUCGACGCCGCCUCGAGCUCGCCGGCCCAGGUCCAGGCCGCUGUCGACGACAUCUCCGACCUCGACGUCACCGUGCUCAUCAACAAUGUCGGCGGCGCGCCGGCGUCGAGCCCGCCCAUCGGUCCGCUGCGGAACCUGGCCGCCGGCGAUGUGGACGCGCUCCUCGACCUCAACGCGCGCUUCAUGGCGCGCUUGACGCACCUCAUGUUGCCGAUCCUCGCGCGCAACGGGCCGUCGCUCGUGCUCAAUGUCGGCUCGCUCGCGACAGAGGGCUUCCCGGGCCUCGUCAUGUACUCAGCCGCCAAGGGCUUCGUGAAGUCCUUCACUCGCGCGCUUGCGAGGGAGAUGAAGGCCGAGAAGUCGCCCGUGGAUGUGCUCUAUCUGGGCACUGGGGAGGUCAGGACGAAUAUCAACGAUGUCGCGGUGCGGUCGGGCACGCCCGAGGCGAGGCCGUUCGCCAAGGCCGUGAUGGACAGGGUCGGGAGGGCGGCGCAGAGGGGCAUGCUGGAGGUGACGCCCUGGUUCAUGCACGCGGUGCAGGUGGCGGUCGCCGGAUGCAUCCCCGAGCGGCUCUGGUUCAAGAAGAUCAGGGAGACGCUGGAGGGGAAGCGGCUGGCGUAUGAAGAGAAGGCCCGGAAGGAUGAGUGA